AUGUUUUCUAAUGCUAUCUCUCGGUCCACAGAAUUCGGAAACACCACGGAUAUUGAAAAAUCCCUGACUAUCAAUCAGAACCACCAAGCCACAACAGAAUGGAUCCCUCUGGCCAAUGGCUGUAUCUGCUGCAGUGUUAAAGACUCCGGAGUUGCAGCACUGGAGUCUCUCGUUGAGCGCCAGAAGGAUUUUGAUUACAUCUUGCUGGAGACUACAGGUGUUGCGGAUCCAGGGAAUAUUGCGACUAUGUUUUGGCUCGAUGAAGGGCUAGGAAGCAGUAUCUACCUUGACGGCAUCGUGACAGUAGUUGAUGCGAAAAACAUCCUCAAAAGCCUUGACGAACCUGCGCCAGAAGAGUUACCACAAGCUGAGUCCGACGGCCAUCACGACCACGGGUUCCCUCUGCUCACAACUGCUCAUCUCCAGAUCUCCCAUGCGGAUGUGAUAAUUCUCAAUAAGACAGAUCUUGUCUCACCAGCCCAGCUUUCAGUUGUUCAAGCUAGAAUAGCUUCUAUCAACAGCUUAGCGCGCAUAGUCACGACAAAACACUCUCGUGUCACGAACCUCAGUGGAACCAUCCUCGAUUUACAGGCAUACUCGACGUUCCCCUCCGGUUACAGCAUGUCCACCACCAGCGGUAACUCGAUACCCGACUUCGCCUCCAAGGGUCAUUCUCACCUAGACCCAACACUUUCCACGGCCACAUUUACCCUGCCUCCGUUUGAUCCGCAAAAGCUACACCUGCUCUCAGGCUGGUUGGAGACACUGCUCUGGGACGCGGAGGAGUCGCAGCUGGGAAAUGAGCGGAAAUACGAAAUUCAUAGAACAAAGGGGCUGAUCAGGUGUACAGAUGGAAGCACCAGAGUUGUACAGGGUGUGAGGGAAGUUUUUGAGAUCAUUAACUUGCCGAAGCCAGAAGCUGGUGUUACCAAAGACGAAGACGCGACUACAGAAACGGGCAAGAUCGUGUUCAUUGGGAGGAACCUGGAUUUGAUCACAGAAUUGAAGGUUGGUAAGGACGACAGCACUGCUUAA